UGGAGCAGAAUGCUGUUAUGAGUGAGACCAUGGGCCAGAUUGGCGCAGAUGGCCACGGAAAAGCGGAGCGCGUCGCCGGCGACAAGGCGUUCAUGAUGCGUGACGGCGCCGUGUGCGGAGACAUAGCCGAAAUCAACAAGCCUUGCGUCGAGCUGCCCGGUGAGGCCUCAGAGCGAGCGGUGCCUGUCGCAACAGCUGAACAAGGCACAUCACCCGACGCCGAGCAAGAGGAGUACACGGUCGAGGAGGAUGACGACGAGAGCUACGUGGAGUCGGACGACAACAGCUUGGCGGACGACAGCAGCUACCAGGCGGUGGACGGCUACUAUUCGCACAAGUUUCUGCAGGAUCUGCUGGCGCGCAUGGCGAGCGAGCCGCACCCGCUGUCCAAUGAAGCGCAAGAAGCCAAGCGUGAGCCCCUGGACCCGGUGCUUGUCGAGACGUACACGGCGCACGCCACCAGGGUGUAUGAGUCCUACCUCCGCCACAUCGACGCCCUGGGUGUGACCGUCGCCAAGAGACUGGAGGAGGUUCGCGAAAAUGCGCUCGGGCUCGACCUCGCCAGGCGCAUACAGGUCCAGCUGUACUCUGACACCGUGGAGGCUGCCGUGUCGCACCUGCGCCGCGUGGCAAUGACCUGGGGUUCCCUCGUGCUCCUGGACAUCACCGAGCCGAGCCGCACGGUGCCUCAGGGCACGUCCGAGCAGUACCUCUUUUGCCGCAUCGUGUCUGCCUGCCUCAAGCUGCGCGACACCUGGUGGAGGAGCGAGUUCUAUCUCGCCAAGUACUUCCUGCGCUUCCUCAACAGGUGCCAGGGCCUGUCGGACGACUGGCAGUCUCGGCUGCAGGAGGCCAACGUGUCCGUGCUGCGAGCCUCGAUCGAGGCGCACGAGCGCAUGGACCGCGAGAUCGGCCUGUGGCAGUGGGCGCGCUCGCUGCGCUUCCCCUCCGAGCACCGGCCCGAGGCGCUGCAGCCGAACCUGCUGAGCGUGUUCGUCGACGAGCAGCUCACCGGCGACGUCUCCUCCCUCAUGACGCUGUUCAUUUUCGAGACCGGAAACACAGUCUACCGCGCCAUCUUUUCCAUCCAGAAAGAGUUCGAGCGGCGACAGCUGAGCUACGACAGCAGCGAGCUCGAGACCGAGGUUCGCGGCACGUGGGCUGCCUACCUGGAGAGCGUGCACGAGCAGUGCGCCAGCAUCGGGGCCAACAGGGCCCUAUACUCCAUGAGCCUGCACCAGGGCGAGGAUGCGGCGCGCAUCGGGGACGGGGCGCGCUUCUACAUGGACAUGGUGACGCCGCUGCACAAGGCUGUCACCCUCGAAUGGUCCAAGACGUACAGCGCCCUCAUCGAGCAGCUCGCCCAAACUGUGCAGGCCGAGCCCGACCGCAAGGGCGACCUCGAUCAGGUGGCGGCCUGGGUGGACGAGACCGGUCGCCAGGUGUCGGAUGCCAUGCAGACAGCGUUCGCGGCCUUCGAGAACCAGGUGCGGGUGAUCACCAAGAACGUCGAGCUCUUCAGCGCUCAGAUCAGGAAGAUACUGGAGUGAAACAGGCGGCAGAGCCCUCUUCCAUAACGACGCACAGGACGGCGUUCUCUUUUUUUUUCUUUUGUGAAAAUAAACUUAGUGCCGCGUGCGAGACAA